AGAUCCUUUGCUUGGGCAACGAACAGACGUCAACUACCCUACAAAGAAUCCAUGAGACCAUAACACAUUGCAAAAAGGGUAGAGAAUCGAUCUUUGAAUAUAAGUCUAGCAUUCCCAAGGAUUAGACUAGAAUUCGUAAACGAAUCUUGGAAUGACGCUCCUUCCAACUGCUGAAUAGCUUCACCAUUGGGGCAUUCUCUCGAGCUUCUCCGGGCAACGCCUUAUAAAUACUUGGUUUUGCAGGUUCGGGGAGUCCCUACACAUAUCAACUCUUCAACUUGCUGUUGCAGUAUUCAAAGAGUCAACGACAAUGGCAAUGGCUGUUCCAGUAGUAAACCGGAAACUGCUCGAGGAACUUGAAGCUAUGGGAUUCUCUCCGGAGCAAGCAACUAGGGCACUUCAUUUUUCAGGUAAUUCCAGCACCGAGGCUGCUAUAGAUUGGAUUGUCGACCAUCAAAACGACCCAGAUCUCGAUCAGAUGCCGAGGGUAUCAAUUGACAUUGACAUUGAAGCUCCCGAACCAACUUUUGUGACUGAAGAAAUGAUAAUGGGAGCACAAGAAUUACGGGAUCGAGCAGAGGAGAAGAAGAAGGAAAAGAAGAACUCUCAGCGAGAAACAGAAAAGGAGAGGAUUCGAGCAGGUAAGGAACUUCUUGAAGCAAAAACAAUAGCAGAAGAAAAUGAAAGAAAGCGUUAUGUGGCGGUGAAAAAAGCAGAAAAAGAAGAAGCGCGAAGAGCUAAGGAGAGAAUUCUUCGGAAACUGCAGAAUGAUAUGGUAGAAAGAAGGCGGAAGCUGGGAUUGCCACCAGAAACCCCCGCUGCUGUAAAACCUUCGCUGCCUUUUGAAGACAAUAGAAGGACCUCAGGUGUUUCUUAUGUUACCAAGGCUGAUCAGAUGAGAGAGUGUUUGAGGUCUUUGAAGCGCAAUCACAAGGAUGAAGAUGCCAGAGUGAAAAGGGCCUUUCAAACACUCCUGAUAUAUGUGGGCAAUGUUGUGAAGAACCCUGACAAUGAAAAGUUCAGGAGGAUCCGCCUAAGUAAUCCCGUGUUCCAGAGUAGAGUUGGGAGCCUUGAAGGAGGCGUUGAGUUUCUCGAGCUUUGCGGAUUCGAGAAAAUCGAGGGCGCCAGGUUCUUGUUUCUUCUGCGCGACAAGGUCGACUUGGCGGUGCUUAAUCUAGCUGGGACUCAGUUGAAGUCAGCAUUAACCAAUCCCUUCUUUGGACUUCUCGAGAAGUGAAUGAACUCAAUAGUAUUAGAUCUGUUGGCUGGAGAAGCUGUCUUGUGUAUGUGAAGAUUGUGUGAAUAGAUUGAGAAUGUUAGGCCUUUGUCCAAGUACUUCUUCCCUGGUGAUAAAAACAGUUAUUUAUGCAGAAUCCUGUUGAGUUCA